AUGUCCACGUGGAUUCAUCUUCUUCUUCUUCUCUUACCAAUCGUCUCUGGAACAUACCAAGAAGCGACCCCGGAACAGAAAAACGCGGCCGUAUGGAUUGUGAUUGGCUGUAUUUGCGGUGGAAUGGCUAUAUCGGCUUCGGUCGCUGUAGGAAUAUUCAUGAUGAAUCGAAGAAAUGCAGAUCAGGUGUUGGUGGUACGGUAG